GACGUCACAUGGAGACGCCGCACUUGUGGGCCUAAGAAGACGGUCGAAUGACAUGAAAACGUUGAGCUACUAGUCAAUCGCUUGUUGUUAUUUUAACUGGAAAUGAUGGACCACGGCUACACCGUGGGCUUGGGUAACGAUCUCUAUAUGGACAUGGGGGACAACAACGACGAUGGCGGCAAACAGGAGCAGAUUCGCAAGGACGUCUUCCUGACUCCGGCAGUUCCUAAAAAUAAGAAGAAAAAGGUCUUGGUCUCAGACGUCAAGAAGAAGAAGAAGAAGCCGGAAGAUGAAGACGGCGAUGGUGACGUGGAGCCGAGCCUCAAAAAGGUGAAGAAGAUGUGCAUGAACGAUGUUCCUCUCAAGCCCGUGGGUCUGUCUCUCUCAGGGUCGGGCAUGCAACUCUACGUCAAGGCGGACGGCCCCAUGAUGCAGCGACUGUCCGAAGAUUAUGAAAUGGUCAAUGUCAAGCCCUGUUACGAGUUCACGAAGAGGAACACUACGACCCAGACUUCCCAGUGUAGAGAUGCAGCUAAUGACACCUUUGAUCCACUAAGAGACGAGAUGGCUGACAAGUGGUCAGAGAAUAUUAGUAACAACAAGAGACCGGAGCCAGGUACCGCAGACAGAAGUUUUCACCACAGGCAAGACCCGGGACUGCCAGAAAAAAGACAGGUCGAUUUGCAGUACUUGUUUGCAGAAGACAAGGGCUACCCUAAGGUACGGGACCUGACUCAAGAUCAAAGAACUUUUGCCAAGGCUUCAUAUCAGGGUCAAGGUCACAGAAACCUCACGAGAAGGCCUGAUCAGGGUCAUGAAAACAAAAGUUAUGCUGCGGAUUAUGACUGUUGUCAGGAUGAAAUGACCUACGUGAAAACACCUUGUCAAGGUCAAGGCCACAGAAACAUCACGAGAAGGCCUGAUCAGGGUCAUGAAAACAAAAGUUAUGCUGCAGAUUAUGACUGUUGUCAGGAUGAAAUGACCUGUGUUAAAACAGCACACCAGGGUCAAGGUCACAGAAACAUCACGAGAAGGCCUGAUCAAGGGCAUGAAAACAAAUGCUGUGCUGAUGGUUAUGACAGUUGUCAAGAUGAAAUGACCUACGUGAAAACACCUUGUCAAGGUCACAGAAACAUCACGAGAAGGCCUGAUCAGGGGCAUGAAACCAAAUGCUGUGCUGAGGGUUAUGACAGUUGUCAAGAUGAAAUGACCUGUGUUAAAACAGCACACCAAGGUCAAGGUCACAGAAACAUCACGAGAAGGCCUGAUCAGGGGCAUGUAAACAAAUGCUGUGCUGAGGGUUAUGACAGUUGUCAAGAUGAAAUGACCUGUGUUAAAACAGCACACCAAGGUCAAGGUCACAGAAACAUCACGAGAAGGCCUGAUCAGGGUCAUGAAAACAAAUGCUGUGCUGAGGGUUAUGACAGUUGUCAAGAUGAAAUGACCUGUGUUAAAACAGCACACCAGGGUCAAGGUCACAGGACCAACGUGAGGAGACCUGAGCAGACGUCUGUAGAGAAAUGCUAUCUUGAGGGGAGCGACUCGCACCAUGACGACAGAAGCUACAGUAAUAGGUGUGACCGUCAUAUCUCUAGACAAAAGGCCACGCCAAGAUCUCAAGGCAGUGGGUCGGUUCCAGCAAAGAUAAACAGGGGUGAAUGGGCUGAGAGGCCUAGAACUUCACCAGACGAUAGUGACCGUUUUGACGUCGGCAUACAACAGAUCCCGGUAUAUUCCCAUGUCAACCCCACGCAUAAAAGACCGACUAAUCCAAGCCAGACCACCCCUCGGGACGUCCCCCGAAGUACGAAUCGAGUCGUGGAUGACAGGGCCCGGGGCACAUCCCACGUCAUCACUGACGACGACUAUCGUGACCUGUACGAGGUCAACAUUCCCGCCUCACCUACCAACGCGCAUGCGCACACUUGUAAAGAGAGAAACACCUCGUACAAGACUUGGGCCUCCACCAGUCACGCAGCGGACCAACGAGACGCCCGAUCUGAACCCACGCCCACGACAGCCGAGGACAGCACUCUAUCAACCCUCUCCGAGUUCGACUUGUCCAGACUCCCCACCGAAGCUCUGGACGCCGUGACCUUAAAAAAGUUUGCUGAAUACUCGAAACUAAUGAGGCGGAGCCUGCGCCAGGAAUAUAAACAGAUGAAUCAGCUGAUCAAAGACUUCACAGAGGAGAUGAUGGAGAGGAACAAAGCCUUGCUGGACGAGAACCAAUCCAACAACACGGCCAACAACACGGACAACAACACGGAAGAAGAAAUGAAAAAGGACUCGUCUUGCAGAAUAAUGUAAGCUGCGUGUCUUAUACUAGUGCCAGUAUGUAUCACAUUGGCCAUUCUAGUUACAAAUAACUCGCAAAUAAUUGACUUUUAAGCUCUGAAUACAAAAUUUAAUGUGAGAUGUACAUUCUUACCAUUUUAACUAUGCAUAGGUCUAGAAGAUAAUUGUUAUGAAAUAUAAAAUAUCACCUAACAUGUGUAGAUGAUGAAUGUUAUCAUACUAUAAAAUAUUACCCAAGAUGUAUACAAGAUGAUGAUUGCUAUUAUACUAUAAAGUAUCACCUAAGCUGUAUACAAGGUGAUUGUUGUUAUUAAAAUAGAAGCGUAUGACACAGAGAGCUAUUUAAAUUGACUGGUAAGAAAAGUAGGUCGUGAUUGGACAUGACGCCAGUUUGGAGUGACCGCUCCCUGACACCUUGAAAUUAGACCGCCACUGGUGAGUUGAUGUUAGAAAGAGCUACACACACUGUAACACUGUGUACUACUUUAAUGACGACAUUAGUUGAUCCACGAACACGGGUAAAAUGACCAUAAGACUCAAAAUGUUUUUAUAUCAUUUUAAAGAAUAAAGAUUCCAUUUUAUAAA